AUCUAGAUACUCUGUGCACCCGAAAUUUAGUUCACUAUUGUGUAUAUUAGUGAUUUUUCGCUCCUGCUGUUUUUCAGUACGCCAUUCAAAAAUAAGAAAAAAUUCAUAAAUCCAGACUAAUCAAGCAGUUUUUUCUAGUGUUAAUUUAUGCAAUUAAUGUAUUAUUCACUCCACGACGUUUUGACUCUUGUAAUUAAAUUAACCAACAUAAACAUAGAGGAAAUGUGAAGGGUCCCGUAUAGACAAGUGCAACAAUCUGAGAUCUCCAAAUGUAUUUUCGAUUAACUGCAACAUGGAACCCAAUUGUCCUGCAUAUGAAGCGCCUGGAUUAAAUCAAAUAAUGGCGGCAAACUCUAAACCGUUUAACAUUCGUACACGUUUAGUGCCAAAGAUAUCUGGAGUCUUUAACAAGUAGUGAGGCGCAACAACCAUCACAUGAACAAAGAAAAUUGUAAUAUCCUGUAACUUGUAAUAUGGAAAAUUGUAAAAACAACAAUCAACCAACGACAACAUUGCAGCAGCAACAUAAACAUCAACAUGGAGCUUCUAUUUCUGCUGUGAAAAUGAGUAGUAAUAGCAAUUGCGCGACACCAGUUCCUUCAGAGCAGCCACGGGGAAACUUAUUUGAAUAUACACCACCUAUUGCCGAUGCGGCCACGGAUUAUGAUGAUAUUAGUAGCAACAAGAGCACGCCCUAUUACACGCCUUUGGAAUUUAUCCAUGGUACCUUCGAGUUUCCGUCGCCCACAAAAUUGGAACAUAUGGAUGAUAUAGUUGAGUUGCAUUGUUCGUCUCCUCCAGCGGUCGAACAAACCGAAAUUGUUUUACAAAGAAAAACUCCUACGCCAACUCAUACCGCUACGUCACGUUCUUUGGCAGGAGCUAGGCAACAGUUAUCCAGCAGUACAUCACCGGUAGUGUCGCGGAAAUUAAGGCGAUUCUCUCUAUACGAAAGAAGAUCAUGUUCACCACAGCAGCUUUUAAUAAAAAACGCGGUGUCAGCUUCAAUGGAUAGCAGUACGGAAUGCGUGACCGCAAUGGCAGAUAAAGAGAAUGCUAAACCUUUGUAUAGAUCCGGAAUGACAAUGACGGAGAGGAGAGAUCCGCACCUACGUUCAAAUAGUGGCAAUAGUUCCCCUAUUGCCCUAUUGGAAACUGAUACCGUUUCACCAAAGAUACUCGAUAUUAAUUCAGCUGGUGGCAGCAGCAGUAGCACUCGACUGCCCUGUUCCCCAAAGUUGUUGGCAUCGUUAAAUAAUCUGAAUUUGACUGGUUCUCCACUUGGUCUCAUUAGUUCGGCGGGAUAUAAAAAUGGCAACUACUUUAAAUUCCCAGAGAUUGAUCAAGUGGUGCAUGAGCAAACUAGCGCUGAUCUAUCAACUGAGGAUACCUCCGCUUGUGUGUGUGACAAUCAACAAACUCGAAACAGCAGACAGCGGAGCAAUUGCACCAGCAAAGAACGCCAAAAAUCAGUUUCCUCUAAUAGUAAUUCAAACACAAGUUUCAAUAGUAAUUGUCAAGAGCAGCAGCAAACUGAGACAUCGACAACAACAACGUCCACAAAGCCCAGUGCAAUAUCUUCAACUGCAGCAGAUAGUAAGAAAAAUCGCAAGAAUAAAAAUAAUUUGACUAUAAAAAUUACUGAUGUGCCCUGUACUAUGAUGGGAACAAGCGGCACCGUACCGACUUCUCCAUCACCUUCGUCAAAGCCGAAAACACCCACUAUUAAAAGCACCAAGGAGAAAGCACUGUCACUUGAUUCAGCAGCAAAGGAUUCUGAACUAACCAUUAUAGUUUCAUCUGGCGGACGAAACAAUUCGCAUGCGAGUUGUGAUGAGAUUGACUCGCAAACGCUUAGGCGUGGCUAUCUUCCGAUACAACAAUUUAUGCCACGUAGUGUGAGUGGCGCACGUUUUGAGCGAGUGACUGGUGACCGCACUUUGCGACUACCUUCGGCGGCUGCUAGCAAUCGUUCCACUUCAUUGUCACAAUUGGCACUACUGGGCGAUGGUAUGAUUGCUGCACAUGCUCAUCUUCAAACUCAAUCUCUAUGUCCAAGUAGCACUACGUCUUCAUUAAAAACACCACUGAGUGGUAGUAGUUUUCCUCGAACACCACGUCGUCGAUUACCCGGAGGUGGUAGCGCGAGCAGCAAUACGUCUACCGAAUGGUUGGCGGCCUAUCAUCGCAACCGCAACUCUGCCGAUGCUUAUGCUACCAAUGCAAGAGAAUCUGAGUUAUCCGAACAUCCGCAAGUCGAUACCGAUACCGUGGUCGUACUGCAGGAAGAGACCGACAAUGGAGCAAGGACAGGUAAUAAUAAUACUCUCCUGCCAGCGCCUUAUGCGCCUGGAGCGGCAACGUUGGCUCUCACACCACAUCGUGGAAUACACAAGCACAACGCCAUGCUACACGCAUCAAAUACGAAUUUAAAAACUCUUCCCGAAUUCCUAACAUUGGUCGAAUUUUCUACAACGACGAAUGCAUCUAGCGCGCACCAGCCGCAUAAACAAAAGUCCAUGGAGUUGCCAAGUGCUGCGAUACGUCCCAAACCGAUAUCAUCAGCUUCCUCAACUAAUUUGUUGCAGCGUCGUGGCUCCAACCACAGUCUAACGCUGAAUCUGCACGGUUCGUGCAGUAAUUUACUUGGUAAUUGCCGCAGCGGCUUAAGUGUAUCGAACUAUAGUCUUGGCCCCGCUGUUAGUAACUCCACGACAAACCUAAAUUCGAAAUCAAGUUGCAAUAUAGAUUUGAGCGGUGCGCCUAUUAUUAAUCAGCCACAUGCUCACGCUACUCCGACACAAGGUGCCAAACAGAGUCUUUUCCGACGACGCGGCUCCAAUCAAAGUCUUACACUAACUAGUCUAACAGCAGCUUCAUGUGGAAAUCUCAACUCCUACGCCAGUCAACAUUCGCUGAACAAGGUUACACGUACCACUUCAUUUAUCACGCCAACUCAGAACACCACCAGUAAUGCUAUGACAAAGCGUGGGCUUUUGGAAAGACGCGGCUCCAAUCAGAGUCUUACACUGAACAUGGGCAGUUCAUUUGGGGGAAUUGGCACGGAAAGACAAGUGCACGCUAGCAGUAGUCUCUUCUUGGGAGACACAUGUGCUGAGGAAUCCGAUAUGAGCGCAUUGCAUUCGAAGCCUUCCUGUUGCGCACCACCCACACCACAUAGGCGUUUCUUCAGUAGCGAAAGUCUGAAUCGUGGCUCCACACCCUUUGCAGAUUUGAAUCAAGCUCACCGACGAAACGCUAAGCAAGUUUGUUUUGGUUCAGUAUCGGAUCUUAAACCAAGCGCCAGCAUGUCGUUGGAUUGUGGCGUUAACGGUGUGAGUGGCGCUGGUUCUGGCAGCCAGCAACAGCUGGGCGAGGUGCGACGUGAUAGCUUCAAUUUUCAGGACAGCACUGUGUGUUCAUGUACUGGUGUGCGAAACAUUAUGACGCGCCCAUUGUCCCCGCAGAGUACCAGUGAAGAGUUCAAAAUCUACUUGGCCAAUAUACAGAUGCUGCAGAAUGCUUCAAAUACACUCAACCAACUUGAUUUAAUUAAGCUGAAUUACAUUUUCGACAACAGCUACGCGUCACAUAACAAAAGCUUAGCCGAACAAGCUGUACCAAUGUUAAGUGUACGCGCCAAUAAAGAGGCUGAGACACCGCCGGGCAUAAGAGUUACUACUUCCGAAGACUGCGAAGUAGCUGAGCGCUAUUUGACAGCUGUGCAGUCGGUUCUCACAACGGUGCAACUAGACGAUGAUGAGCAAAAGCGCAUCUUCUGCGAUUUGCAUAAGGAAUUUUGGGAUCUGCCAUUGAAUCAUCAAGAGAAGCCGAUGGUAUUCGGCUCACAGGCCAAGAAUCGCUACAAAACAAUUUUACCAAAUGAAAACUCGCGCGUCUUGCUCGAGAAGGAGGGCAAACAGCUUGCUGAAUUGGCCGAAGAUAUUCGGGAAGAACAUGCUGACCUAGCCGAACACAUAUCACGGCAACUACACAUAUCCGACGAAGUUCCAUAUAUCAAUGCAAAUUACAUAAAGGGUCCGGACUACACAUCCAAAUGUUAUGUGGCCACUCAGGGGCCCUUGCCGAACACGAUAUUCGAAUUCUGGCUAAUGGUAUACCAGAAUACUCGUCGAUAUUUUCAAACCACCGAUAAUAAGGCGGGCACGAUACAAUAUUAUCAAAAAGUCAUAAUGCUCACGAAUUUCGCCGAAAAUAAUAGACAAAAAUGUGCCGUCUAUUUUCCCAUUGAACUGAACGAAAUAUUCAUAACGACCAGCUGGCAAGAGGUUGUUACACCAACUGCAGCCGCAGUGGACUUUUUCAACGCUUAUUUGUUGCCAAACGAAAGCACACCCCCGCCGCUAAAUUUGGCUGAUACAGAGCCUGAACCCCACAUUGGUAUCGAAUACUACCAGGCCGAGGUUAGCGAGGAACUGCAACCGUUGCUCCCACCGACGCGUGGCAAUUACUUCGUUAUCAAAAACAUUGGCAUCGUACGUAAGAACGGAUUCUCGAUACGUAAACUGGUCAUUUUGUAUUGCAUCAAUAUCGGCACAAAUACCGAGCAGUCUAAUGCUGGCCAGCGCAACACUAUCUUGCUAAUCAAUCGUUUGUACUGUUACCAUUAUUGGUAUCCCGAUUGGCCCGAUCACCGCUCGCCGCGCGACAUCAAUACGCUGCUUGACAUUUGUUUGCAUAUACUUAAUCUGGGCAAAUGUGAGUCUGAGUUUGAUUCAUUCGAAAUUGACGACGAUGACGAUGACGACGUUAUUUCGGUGCUUCCACCGCAGUCAACACAUGCUACGCACAUUGCGGUGCAAUCAGUAGAUUUGUAUCAACAGGAUAUAUUCAAUGCCAUGCAGCCACUGCCAGUCAUACACUGCUCUGCGGGCAUCGGACGUACUGGGUGUCUGACAGCCAUUUUAAAUGCUGUACGCCAGCUACGACAAUCAUUCGCCUAUUCGUUAACUACAAUGGCGGCAGAGGCUCGCAAAAAGCAGGAAAUCAGCGCUGGCGCUGGCGGCGAGCUUGUCGCACAAACGCUACUCAGCCCUGUUGAUUUCGUAUUGCCUGCCCGGUACGUAACUGAAGCGCAGCGCGCUAUUACAAUCCAGAACGGGGCAAUCGACACAGAAAGCAGUUUCACACGCAAUACACUCUACUACAUCAACUACAUACUGCGACGUAGAAAGCAGCAACAAAGUGACGAAGAUGAAGACAAGCAUACAAAAGGUGAGGGGGAGGAAUUAACAACUGAUGCGGAAACAUUACCUUGGCCACUGCCAGCUAUAAACGAGCUGCCGAAAAUCCCCGACAUUUUUGUCGAUUUGCUGGGCAUUGUCUGCAACCUACGUCUGCAACGCGGUGGUAUGGUGCAAAACUCAGAGCAGUAUGAAUUAAUACAUCGCGCUAUCUGUCUAUAUUUGAAGCGUACAUUUGCGUUGAAGCGUUUCUAAGCUCAAAAUCGUAAGAUACAAAAUAAUGUUUAGCAAUAACUUUGCAGAGGUAUAGCAGGUUUAACUUUACGUAGUAAGUAAUUAGCUCAAACGAGUAUCGAAUAGCAUGCUACAGCUGUUGACUGUUAGCAAAUGCACUUAACGUAAUUAAUUAAUUAUUAGUUUUGAUACGCGAGUGCAGCUCUGUUGAAGACGGAGUUUUAUAGUUUUUCGUUCUAAUAUUUAUUUUUACUACAUGUAAGCUCAUUCUUCGAUUAUUACUUUAAAUAAGUUUUCAGUUCGUUGAUUUAAUCAAAUGAAUUAGUUCGAAACCAGUUAGGUGCGAUAUGUGCGUGAGAAGCGAAAUUGCAACAGUCCGAAAAGCAAUCUUCUGAAGCGAGAAGAAUUCAAUUUAAAAAUAUUAAGUUUUUUAAUAUUAUUUUUUUUUGUAAAUAACGUUUUUAGUUUGACAUAUAAUGAAGCUUGCUUGAAAGCUGUGUCUAAACACCAAAACCCGAUUUGAAAAUCAAAAGAGUUUAUAAAUCCGUUUAUAUAAAUUAGAAAUUGCAAGUAUUUUAAGCAUAGUUUAAAGAAUAGAUAUCUUCAACAUUCACUUUAGAGAAUCGGCUUAACUGCAGCACAUUGAUGCGACUAAUUUUGUUUGCUUUUACGCAAAUGUACGUGAAAAUGUGGGCGCGCGGAUCACUUGGAAUGUCUGGAAAGCGUAGGGUAACAAACCAUAACAACAAAAACAAAAAAAAAAAAUAAAAAAUUGAACAAGAAAAUUUCUAAUAUUAUUAAAUGUAAUUGUUGUUAGUAUAAAUGUAUGUAUGUAUGAAUUGUACGCAUAGUAGAUAAAUGAAACUCGAAACUAGUGAAUAAUAAUUUUUGCAAUUUUCAAUUUGCAUAUGUAUGUAUAUAUGUAUUCGUGUAUGUGUAUGUUGUAAAAUAUAGGUUUUUGUACGCGUUUGGUUUAUACGCUUUAAAAUAUAAAUACAAUCCAAUUCGACUCGUUGCGAUGCAAUUCGAAACACGACGAUGACUCCAAAAAAUAAUUUUAAAUGAAUUACUGCAAUUAAAUUCUAUUUGAAAUAAUAUGUAGUAAAUCAAUCAAAGCCAAAUACAGAAUGAUACACAUAAAAUUUAAAUUAAAAUAAUAUAUAUAAUUAUUUAAAAUAUAUGGAAUUAAAUUUAAAAAAUGUAGCUGUAAGUUAUAUACACUUUUUUGUGCUCCAAUUACUUUUCACAUGACGAUUUUUAAACGUCCGUUACACUAAAUUGUACACCUCGGCAGCAAAAUUUCUAGGUUAAUUGUUUCAUAAGAAAUCGAUUAUUUCCCCUAAACAAUAAAUUAAGUUUCGAUAAUUUGUAUUUUAUAAGCAAAAAGAUUUUUUUUAAAUAGUGUCUAAGCGAAUGGACUAGUCAAAUAAAUGAAUAAAUAUUUAAUUAGAAAAUAUAUGUACAUGAUCGUUUAAAAGUACAAAAGUAUGCACAAAUUUCUUCUUUAUUUACAUUUUUAAAAGCUAAACAAUCAUUGCUUAAGUCAAAUAUACAUAUUAUUUACACUUAUUUAGGUCGGUAAGUAUAACUAAUUAAUUUAGUCUUCCAUGAACGUAACCUAGCUGCUCUAUAUACUCAUAAUCCAAAUUCCCUUCGAGACCAAUUUCUUUUAAUCAACAUAUAUUAUUUAAUUUGCUAGAUACAUUUAAUAAACCAUUCCUAAUGACAAUUGAGAAGACGCGUAUGUACAUAACAGUAAUUGAAUUAAU